AUGAGUCAGGCAGCUCUCGAUUUUGACGCAUCCGAUGGCGAUGAAGACGAGCUCAUCCUCCGCACUUAUGGCGGCGGCGACGGCCUCGUUGGCGGAAGCGUCCGCACAGCUCUGUUUGAGCAAACCUGCGCUCUAGAGCAGCAGAUGAGGCAGAUGCUGGUGCUUGACAAUGCAGCCACUUGCGUUCAGGCAAACGCAAGGGGCCGUGCGUCGCGGAGAGGGCUUGCGGGCUGCACACCGGCGGUGGCACCGGCACCGCUGAUCUUCAUUCGGCUCGCCCCAGGGACCCUGCUCGGGUUCAAGGCCGCGCCGGGGCUGCCGGAGCAGGGCAGGCUCCCUGCCAUUGAGCGGGGCGCGCACGGCGGGCCGAGCGACUGGGCCGCCAUCUACCCUCAGCUCGACAUCGCCGCGGCAGCAAACUACCUGCCCAAUCAGUGGGACCGCGGCGAGGCGGAGGCGCACAUAGCCGCGCUGGUCUGCGAGGAGGAGCUCAGUGUCGCAGUGCUGCGCGACGCGAGGCUCUCGGAAGGGAGCUACCCCGAGGCCGACAAGGCGUCGCUCGUGCGCCAGGCCUUUGCCAACGCGGGCCUGUCACUGGCUCCGGCGGCGCCCUUGAUGGAUGCGGUCGGCGAGCACUCCGUCUGCCUCCUGGCGCGAGACGCGGACGGCCACGAGCUCAUACUGCCGCACGCGAUGUGGCGGCACUCGGCUCUUUCCGCGUUGCCCCUCUACUCCUUCUCGCAGAGCGCUCGCAUCCCAGGGACGACAAGCCGCGCUGCAGCAGUGCAGCCGGACACCGCAGCGCUCUGCCUCUCACGAGAGGACCUCGCCGACCCGGCGCAACUAGGCCGUGCCCUAGCGGCGCACGCGCGCGAGCGAGGGGCGGUGACGUGGGACCUGCGGAGCGGCAGCGGGACGGGGUUUGCGGUGCAGGACAUCUGUGCCGAUCCGGAUGCGGCGUGGGACUGCGUGAGCGACUUUGCUGGGUACAAGCGGCGCAUCGGAACCGUGCGCAAGGUGGAGGCCUACCGACCCGAGCGGGUGGUGCCGGGGACCUGCUGCUACCGCUUCACCGUCAGCCGGCUCGGGCUGCUGCUCGACGUGCGCUUCGCGGUGGACGAGGAGCAGCGGUACGCGAGGUGGACGCUGGAGCAGCCGAGCUGGGUGCUGUCCGACUCGACCGGGUACUGGCACGUGCAGCCGCUGCCAGGCCGGCCGGGGCACAUCCGCGUCUGGUUCGUGGCGGCGGUCGUGCUCGCGCCCUUCGUGCCAAACUUUGUGGCCUGCAGCUGGGUGAGGGACUUGGAGAAGAAGGAGAGCUGA